AUGCUAAAGAGUGUGGUGGAGCUCUUGGGAGUUACUAGGACGAUUUCCCAAAGGUUUGAAGAGGUUCUAGAGGUCAAUGAUUUUCACAAGGUAUUUAGGCUCGCCAAGGUGGAGAUUGUUGAUGUUGGCUCACCUAAAGAUGUGGAAGAAACUACAAGUGCUCGAGCAGUAGAGCAGUACUUCUUGCCCAGACCCAGGAGCUCGAGCGGCAUAACUCAGACUCUAGCGGUGCGAGUGGUGCUUGAGCGGGAGGAGCAUAUCUGUGGCUAA